ACAUAACUAGCCAAACACACAAAUUCCAGUCAAAAUGCCGCGGUUUGCAAGCAUAGGCGCACUUGUGAUCUGCUUGGUAUGCGCAACUGAUUGCGCAAACCAGAAUAGAGGUUUAGAAAUCUUAAAAAGUAUACAACAAGCCAUGGCUGAACAAAGAUCGCCUUCGGGACAAGCCAAGAGAUCGCUUACUGAACCAGAGUCUGGCUAUGACUAUCAGCAGCUUGGCUUAGUGGAUAAGCGUAAUGCCCAAUGGGAUCGUUCCGGCAGAACACGAUUUGGACAAACCAAGCGUUUGCAGGAAUCGAAUGCCGAAGUGAAUAGUCCAAGGGAAAUAUCUGACAAGCGGUUGACGAAGAUAACGCAGCAGAAAACAUGCCGAAAUAAUGAUAAUGGUUUGCGACUUUCACCUGAUGAUGAAAUAAUUGUUCGAAUGCGUUUUGUGAGAUUUCUAAGCGAUCUGAUAGAUGAUCUCACGGAAGUGGCGCCUCCCGAGGUGUAAGAGCAUCUUCUUGCGUUCCAAUCCCACACAUGUCUAAAGUGGUUUCUUGAUUAUGGAUGUUUUAAAUCUCUUGUGAUGGUACAUGCAAGCAAAAUUCCGCGAUCGAACUAUUAAUUUGAUGAUAAUCAUGUUUGAUUUCAUUAUGCGUGCAAUAAAA